AUGCGGUUUGCUGUCGAAAACGACUGUGGAAGCCGACAUUCCCACGCGAAAACCGAGCGUAUUGUUUCCGACGUUUUCGAUGAUUUCACCCAAACAAUUGUUCCAAUAGACUCUUACGGAUUAGAAGACAUUCUAGUGAAAGGUCUUUUUGAUGAGUUUAAUACUUUGGCUGAGUAUGAUGAUGACAUUAAAAAGGUGCUUAAGGACCUACUAGAUUGGUAUGAAGAAUGCAUCGACUGGUAUGAACAAUGCAUCAACGGUAAAUACCAAAUUCUUGAUGAACCGAGGGUAACUAAUUCUCAGUCGCGUGCGAGUGUUGUGAAGAUCACUGCUCAAACCGGAAACCAGAAGCCAUGCCGGUUGAUGAACCAAAAGCUGAUGAUGGGUGGACGCUAG